AUGUCAGACGCCACGAAGCGCAUCAGAAUCGCCAUUGUUGGUGCCGGCAUUGCGGGCCUCACGGCGGCCAUUGCUCUGCAGGAGGAGCCACACAUCGACGUCCAGAUCUAUGAGCGCGCAAGCGAGCUCCGUGAAGUUGGCGCAACCAUCGCCCUGGGGCCCAACGGCCUAAAAAUCCUGGACAAAAUAGGUGUCAGCAAGGCGUUGAAGGACACCGUGGGUUUUCGCAAUCGAACCGGUCGUUCAAUGAUCUAUCGUCACUAUCAGACAGACGAAGUGGUCUCUUUCGACGUGCACCAUGGCCCGGUCGAGUCUAAACACCACUGUGCUCGGUUUUUCCGACCACAUCUCCAAAAGGUCCUGCUCGAGCAUGUGCGACCAGGCCGUCUACACCUCCACAAAUCUUUCAAGUCGAUACGCAGGGAACCCUCGGAUCAGAGCCUGGUGAUCGACUUUCUCGACGGCUCGACAGCGCAGGCUGAUAUAAUUCUCGGCGCCGACGGCAUCCACUCCGCCGUGCGUCGAGCUUACAUACCCACGUCCUCUGCGCUCUGGACAGGCCAUGUCUUCUUCCGCACCGUCGUGCCGCGAUCCCACUUUGACCACAUAGCUGACCUCCCCGACGAGGCCGUCCACUACUGGGGUCCCGACCGCACGCUCUUUCUUUCGCCGUUGCCCAAGGACCUGUUCGCCGUCGUGGCGGCUCACCAGUGUGAUCCCAAUGAUCCCGGCCACCAAUAUCUUGCAGCCGGCUGGGAUGGGGAUGCCGACAUCGCCGCCCUACGUGUUCUCUAUAAGGACUGGAGCCCCCUGGCCAGAAGCAUAUUAGAUGCCACGCCGCGCAUCAAGGUGUAUCCAAACACGGCAGCAAAGGAGCUGCCGACCUGGAUUCUCGGCAAUGGGCGCGUCACUUUGGCAGGCGAUGCGGCGCACGCUCACGGCGGAGCCUUUGCCGCGGGCGGAAGCCUGGCCAUCAACGAUGCUUGGGCCUUUGCACAGUCUGUCCUCUACUACUUUCCAAGGGAAGGAGGCUGGCGAGUCCGCCCGGAUGACGCAGGUCUGACCGAAGUCGUCAGCCUCUAUGAGAGAACGCGGAAACCACAUACAGAUAAGGUGCAGAAGACUGUGCAGGAUCGAAAUCAGUUCUUGGUGGACCAAAUCAAGAUGAAACAAACGGACGAAGAGCUGAGGGCCCAGAUGAAGAACAGGAGGGAUCUGACGUGGAUACACGAGCAUGAUGUAGAGGCUGCCUUUGCGAGAGCGAUACCUAGCAAGAUCAGUGAAGCGAGGUUGUGAGCGAUCUUUCUGGCAGCCAGCAGGGACGAAGAGGGGGUUUCAAGACCCGGACCCGGGAAAAUGGUCAUACAAAGGCCGGCACGACGACUGCUAUAGCAACACCUGCCUCUACUGCUACAUGGCCCACGAAAGAACGUUGGCGUGUGACUGCAGAGUCUACAAAUUCAAUUUUUUCAGGC